ACCGAACAUCACCAUCCACCAACACCACACACCGCACAUAUACAACAACCGCAACAAUGGCAACCAAAGUCAACCAAGAUCCCAAGAAGCGGACUUCCGCUGCCACCAACCUCAUCGCUGGUGGUGGUGCCGGUAUGAUGGAGGCUCUCGUCUGCCACCCUCUUGAUACCAUCAAGGUUCGCAUGCAGCUUUCCAAGCGCGGCCGCGUGCCCGGCCAAGCCAAGCGUGGCUUCAUCCGCACCGGUGUCGAGAUUGUCAAGAAGGAGACGGCGCUCGGUCUUUACAAGGGUCUCGGUGCCGUCCUGACGGGUAUCGUCCCCAAGAUGGCCAUCCGUUUCACCUCGUUCGAGUGGUACAAGCAGCUCCUGGCCGACAAGCAGACUGGUAUUGUCUCGGGUCAGGCCACCUUCUUCGCCGGUUUGGCUGCCGGUGUCACCGAGGCCGUUGCCGUUGUCACUCCCAUGGAGGUCAUCAAGAUUCGUCUGCAGGCGCAGCACCACUCCAUGGCUGAUCCUUUGGACGUUCCCAAGUACCGCAACGCCGCGCAUGCGCUCUACACUGUCGUGAAGGAGGAGGGUUUUGGUGCGCUUUACCGCGGUGUUUCCCUGACUGCGCUCCGCCAGGGUUCCAACCAGGCCGUCAACUUCACUGCCUACAGCUACUUCAAGAAGUGGCUCUAUGAUUACCAGCCCGAAUAUGUCGGCCAGAACCUGCCCUCUUACCAAACCACCCUUAUUGGUCUCGUUUCUGGUGCUAUGGGUCCUCUCUCAAACGCUCCUAUCGAUACCAUCAAGACCAGACUCCAAAAGAGCGUUGCUCAGCCCGGCGAGACGGCAUUCCAGAGAAUUACCAAGAUUUCUGCUGAGAUGUUCAAGCAAGAAGGGUUCCACGCCUUCUACAAGGGCAUCACCCCCCGCAUCAUGCGUGUCGCGCCCGGUCAGGCCGUCACAUUUACUGUCUACGAGUUCCUUAAGCAGAAGCUCGAGCGGAGCGGUCCUGCUGCUUUGACCGGUGGAAGGUAUGAGGAGUGA